AUGUUAACUGCAGAAGAAAUUGAUUUAGCAAAAGAAAUUAUAUUAGUGUUAAGGCCAAUGGAAGUGGCAACAAAAGAGCUGUGUGGCCAGAAAUAUGUAACAUGCAGCAAGGUAAUACCUUUAAUAAAUUGUCUUAUAAAAAAAACUGAAGGUUUUACUCUUUUAAAUCCAAUCGCUUUAUCGUUAAAAAAGGCCAUGUUAGAGAAUCUAGAUAUUAGAUUUGAUAGGAUGGAGGACAUUGGUUUGCUUACUGUGGCCACCAUAUUAGACCCGAGAUUCAAAACAAUUCACUUAAAUAACCCAAACGCUACUGCUAGGGCUAUUAAAUUUAUAAAAAAAAAAAUAGUGAUGAUCUUAACUCCUCCUCGUGCCAAGACUCUAGUGAUGAUGAUAGUGAUCGGCGUGAUAGUUUGUGGUCAGUUCACACUGAGCUGGUUACAAAAAAAGCUGCAUCACAAAGUUCUACCUUGUCUGAAGAGCGCAUUCCAACAGAUCUAA